AUGGACCAAACUCCAUCUUUCUAUGACCUGGAGCCUGUGAGCAGUGGCCAGCACACCAGCGCCAUUGCAGCUCUGCGGUUAUUACGGAGCUACAACCACUUUGUGGUACCACCAGAUCAGCAUUCAAUGGUACCACUACUGGCAACAUUACCACCUCCGUGCCUACCAACCUACUGUCAACACCUCCCUGUACGACCUUCAAUCGUACCCGCAACUCAGAUCACAUCUCUAUGUGAUGAGGCUCGGCGCCGCGGUGAGAAACGACCCAUUCCCAGCGAGCUGAAAGAUGAGAAGUACUUCGAGAGGAGAAGACGUAACAAUCAGGCUGCUAAGAAGUCUAGAGACGCCAGGAGAAUGAGAGAGGAUCAGGUACAACAUACAUACAUACACUCACGCCUUGUUUCCAUAGCGUGGCGCGCGUGUUUGUUAGAACAAGAGAACGCGUCGCUUCGUGCGCACGUGGCAGCCCUGCGGCAGGAAACAAUAGCGCUGCGGGCGUUAUUGGCGGCUCGAGACGACGUACAAGCACCACUUCCGUCUUCUACCACAGAUUAA